CCAAGGCUUGUUUACAGCAGUGAUUCUACGGAGUGUUGACCGAGAACGAGGGCAAGAUAAGAUUGCUGCUUAGGCAACGCUUUUGGGGCCAUCGUGGCUAAAGGAUAGAAAUACAUCUUUACAACCGAUAAACGUCUUACAUGUCACACCGGUGGAUUUUGUUACGAGUAAACCGUAGGCUACUCCACCCAACCGAAGCCCCAUCAAGCUCGAGAUCCGUUUCUCUUGCGUGGCACAAGUCUUUUUUAGAUGCGGACCCGUCUGCUGCGCAAACGGCUAAGAUAGGCAGCAUUUACGGGUGAAAAUAGUGUGAAAUCGGUGAAACUGUUUCUUCCUACCGGGUUCGUCCUGGAGAGAGCGAAUGGAGUAACAUUCCCAUUCAUUUCUCAUCCCAGCCACCACCCCGUGGACGUAUUUUCUCCUUUUGAUUCAUAUUAUUCAAAAGGACACCAACCACAAAAGAAAAAUUAUUUAGACUGGAAAUAAUCUUGGUCCACAUUUUGGAUAAUCGCUUCAUUAUUUGCCAGACAUAAAAGGACGCAUCAUUACUGAUGUUUCAAGAGAUGGAGACUGAGGAUGCGGAUUACUAUCAUCUCUCGAGUAAAAUCUGUGGCUCCAAUGCCUUGCCAGCCAUCCUAAAGUCAUUGUGUGUUUGGCAAGAAUAACGAACUGUUUUAAUUUAUUGACUGUGAGGUUUUAAUGCACAUAACACACUGCUUGAUUUGUAAGAUUUAAACAAGAGGAAUCAUCCAAACACCGAUGUGUCGACCUUUAAACGAAUCUAUUUGACCGGACCUCAUGUUUUUGUUCUUACCAACAUUUUGUGAGCCAGGUGGCAAGUUCUCUGUUCCGCACUCAUUUGAAUUCUGGAAUCAAAUUCUUUGAUUUUUAGAGGAGUGAACAAUUUACAGGAAUGAGAUCUAGGACAGAGAGGGAUAGUUCGACCUUGUUUUGGGGUCUGAUGCUGUCUGUCUCCACGCUCUUCAUAUGGUCUGGAAAUGGAGAGAUCUGUGGUCCGAGUAUUGACAUCCGGAAUGACAUCAACGAGUUGAAGCGCCUGGAUAACUGCACGGUGGUGGAGGGCUACCUGCAGAUCCUCCUCAUCUCCGACAAGACCAACAACCUCAACCAGGAGCACUUCCGCACGCUCAGUUUCCCCAAGCUGCGGGUCAUCACUGGCUACCUGCUCCUGUUCAGGGUGUCCGGCCUGGACAGCCUCAGCACCCUCUUCCCCAACCUCAACGUCAUCCGGGGUCGCACCCUCUUCUACAACUACGCCCUGGUGAUCUUCGAGAUGACCAGCCUGAAGGACAUCGGCCUGUACAACCUGAGGAACAUCACCCGGGGAGCCAUCAGGAUCGAGAAGAACCCCGAGCUCUGCUACCUGGACUCAGUGGACUGGUCGCUCAUCAUGGACGCCGAGUUCAACAACUUCAUUGCGGGGAACAAGCAGUCCAAGGAGUGUGGGGAUCUGUGUCCAGGCAUCAUGGAGGACUCCCCUCAGUGCACCCAGACCAGCUUUAACGACAACUACAGCUACCGCUGCUGGACCUCCAACCACUGUCAGAAAGAGUGCCCAGCAAAAUGCGACCGGCGGGUGUGCACCGACUCGGGCGAGUGUUGCCACAGCCAGUGCCUGGGCAGCUGCACGGAACCAGACAAUGACAUGGCGUGUGCGGCCUGCCAGAACUACUUCCACGAGGACCGCUGUGUGGCCAGCUGCCCCCCGGACACGUACAAGUUUGAGGGCUGGCGCUGUAUCACCAUGGACCUGUGCGCCCGCGUGCACCUGCCCAGCGACUUUGACUUCGUCAUCCACGCGGGGGAGUGCAUGCCCGAGUGCCCGUCGGGUUUCACCCGCAACGAGACCAACAGCAUGUUUUGCACCGCCUGUGACGGACUGUGCGAUAAGAUCUGUGACUCGAAGGUCAUCGACUCUGUGGACGCCGCUCAGUCUCUCAUGGGUUGCACUGUCAUCAAAGGCAACCUGCAAAUCAACAUCCGCCGUGGCAAUAACAUUGUGUCAGAGCUGGAGAGCUUCAUGGGCCUGAUCCAGACAGUGACGGGCUAUGUGAGGAUAAGACACUCCCACACGCUGGGCUCUCUGUCCUUCCUCAAGAGCCUGCGCUACAUUCAUGGGGAGGAGCUCUUCGAUGGGAUGUAUGCCUUCUCUGCCAUCGACAACCAGCACCUGCAGUACCUGUGGGACUGGAGUCAGCACAACCUCACCGUCAAAGCCGGAAGUCUCUUUUUCCGCUUCAACCCCAAACUCUGCAUGUCGGAGAUCCACAAGAUGUGGGAGAACACAGGCGUCACCAAGAAGCUUGAGGCGGACGACGUCCGCAACAACGGGGACAGGGCGAGCUGUGAGAGCCACAUCCUGAAGUUCAAGUCCAACAGCACCAUGAGCAACAGGAUUAAGUUGACCUGGGAGCGCUACCGGCCCCCAGACUACAGGGACCUCAUCAGCUUCAUUGUCUACUUCAAGGAGGCACCGUUCCAGAACAUUACGGAGUUCGACGGUCAGGACGGUUGUGGCUCAGACAGUUGGAACAUGGUGGACGUCGACCUUCCCGAGGACAAGAACUCUGACCCCGGUGUCCUGCUGUCGCCUCUCAAGCCCUGGACCCAGUAUGCCAUCUUCGUCAAGGCCAUCACCCUGCAGGUUGAUGAUAAACACAUCCUAGGAGCCAAGAGUGACGUGGUGUACAUCCGCACCAGCCCGUCGCAGCCGUCCAUGCCGAAGGACACGCGCUCAUAUGCUAACUCCUCGUCCAAGCUGGUGGUCCGCUGGUCCCCUCCCCUCUCGCCCAACGGUAACCUGACCUUCUACCUGCUCCGCUGGCAACAGCAGCCCGAGGACAAGGAGCUCUACCAGCACAACUACUGCUCCAAAGAGCUGAAGAUCCCAAUCCGGAUCUCCGCCACAGGCCUGUCCGACACCGAGGAGGACACCAAGCCCACCAAGCCGGACUCAUCCGGGCCAGACAAGGGCUCCUGCUGCCGCUGCCCCAAGACCAAGGAGGAGAAGCAGCAGGAGAAGGACGACCGGGCCUACCGCAAAGUCUUCGAGAACGUCUUGCACAACUCCAUCUUCACGCCCAGACCUCCAGAGCGCCGGCGCAGGGAGCUGUUUGGUGUGGCCAACGGAACACUGGCUCGCGGCGCGACGGGCAACACCACAGGCCUGGAAGGCAACGCGACGGACAGGGAGCCCCCCGAGAAAGAGUACCCCUUCAUGGAGGACCGCACCAGGACGGAGUCCAUGGAGAUCACCAACCUGCAGCCCUUCACAGUCUACCGCAUCGACGUCCACGCCUGCAACCAGGAAGUGCGCAGCUGCAGCGCUGCUUCCUUUGUCUUCUCCAGGACCAAACCUGCAGAAAAAGCGGAUGACAUUCCCGGGCUCGUGCUCCUGGAGAGGGAUGAGAAGGUGGCGGGAUCGAUGGUGCUGCGCUGGCCAGAACCAAUCAGACCCAACGGCCUCAUCCUGAUGUAUGAGAUAAAGUACCGGUUGGGCAACGAGCCUGAGAAACACGAUUGCGUGUCGCGCCAGCACUACCGCACUAAAGGAGCUCGCCUCACCAAUCUGGCUUCUGGGAAUUACUCUGUCCGUAUGCGUGCCACCUCGCUAGCAGGGAACGGAUCCUGGACAGAGCCGGUGUUCUUUUAUGUACCCCCACCGAAGAUGGACUACGACAGUGUGUUCUACCUGGUCAUAAUCAUUCCCAUCCUAGUGGUAGUCAUGGUCGCCAGCCUCAUCACCAUCGUGUACUUUGUCAACAAGAAGAGGAACAGCGACAGGCUAGGAAACGGUGUUCUCUAUGCUUCGGUCAACCCAGAGUACUUCAGCGCAGCUGAGAUGUAUGUGCCGGAUGAGUGGGAGGUGGCCAGGGAGAAAAUCACCAUGAACAAGGAGCUGGGCCAGGGCUCUUUCGGCAUGGUCUAUGACGGCAUGGCCAAGGGCGUGGUGAAGGACGAGGCAGAAACGCGCGUGGCCAUCAAGACUGUCAACGAGUCUGCCAGCGUGAGGGAGCGCAUCGAGUUCCUCAACGAGGCGUCCGUCAUGAAGGAAUUCAACUGUCACCAUGUGGUGAGGUUGCUGGGCGUGGUCUCUCAGGGACAGCCCACCUUGGUGAUCAUGGAGCUGAUGACCCGGGGAGACCUCAAGAGCCACCUGCGCUCACUACGGAAAGAGGACUCUGUGAGUCAGGUCUUGCCUCCGCUGAAGAAGAUGAUUCAGAUGGCAGGGGAGAUUGCGGACGGCAUGGCAUACCUCAACGCCAACAAGUUUGUCCACAGAGACCUGGCUGCCAGGAACUGCAUGGUGGCGGAGGACUUUACCGUCAAGAUCGGAGACUUUGGCAUGACCAGAGACAUCUACGAGACAGACUACUACAGGAAAGGAGGGAAGGGCCUCCUCCCAGUCCGCUGGAUGUCCCCAGAGUCGCUUAAAGACGGCGUGUUCACCACAAACUCUGACGUCUGGUCGUUCGGGGUGGUGCUGUGGGAGAUCGCCACCCUAGCAGAGCAGCCGUAUCAGGGCAUGUCCAACGAGCAGGUGCUGCGCUUCGUCAUGGAGGGAGGGCUCCUGGACAAGUCUGACAACUGCCCUGACAUGCUGUUUGAGUUGAUGCGGAUGUGCUGGCAGUACAACCCCAAGAUGCGUCCAUCUUUCCUGGAGAUCAUCAACAGCCUAAAGGAUGAGCUGGAUCCUCCGUUCAGGGAGAUGAGCUUCUUCUUCAGCGAGGAGAACAAGCCCCCGGACACAGAAGAGCUGGACAUGGAGGUGGAGAACAUGGAGAACGUUCCCCUGGAUCCUGCCACCACCAGACAACCCUCUGCUGUGCCCUCCCCGGCGGCCCAGGGAACCACAACACCCCCUUCCACCCAGCAGUUGUCCCCCAUGCAAGGCCCCAGUACCCCGCUGCUAGGACCAGCCGCUCACCCCUCCUCCCCCACUCCAGCCUCUCCAGCAUCAGCCUCGACCCCCCCAGGUCUAGCCUUGGACAAGCCCUCAGGACAGGUGUCGGCCAAUGGACCAGUGGUGAUGCUGAGGCCCAACUUUGACGAGACACAGCCCUACGCACACAUGAACGGUGGGCGAAGGAAUGAACGGGCUCUGCCCCUGCCCCAGUCAUCGGCCUGCUGAUCUUGAUCCCCCCCCUCCCCCUCAUUAUGGGGUGGGGGGGGGGCUGAUCACCAAUCCCUCCUCCCCUCCACUUCUCAAACAGGGUAGUAUAACUCCCACCUCCCCCUGUAGCUUUAGUGUGGGGGGGGGGAUGGGUGGAUGAGUGAUUAAGUGACAGACAUUCUCCUACUGCACCGCAGUAGAUGGUCCUCAUUUCCUAAUGAUCGUAUUAUCAAAGAGAUGACUGAAGAUUGCUGGUUGAUGAUGGUUAAUUACAGUCGCAGUCUGGUGGCUUGCCCCCAUGCUGAGCAGAUCUGAGGAUACCUCCUUGUCCAAAACCUGCAUUUAGCAUGGUUGGUUUCUUUUCUAAGACAUCCUUCUAGAUGGAAAACAAUACAGCCUCACUAGAUUUCCUUAAAGACAAGGACUUAAAUAAAUAUCUUUUUGCAUAUCUGCCAGAAAAUCCAAAAGAAGAGCACUUUUGAUAAUUUUAAGAGAAGAUAUACUGUAUAUUUAAAGGUACAAUAGGUAAGUUUUUUUCUGUAAAAAAAAGGUAUGUUUUGUCUCCUAAAAACAUGUUGUGAAAGCUAAUGAGGCCCUCUGAGAGUUAUUUAGCAACACAGACAGCUCAGUGCCAGUGGAAUGUCAAUUUAAACCAUUUUGGAUUGGCACGCAACUUUCCAGCCAAUUAUGUUUCAGCAAACCUUUUCCAGCCAAUCGCCUGCAGUGAAGCGGGCCUUCCACCUUGGCUUAUUUUGUGAAACCACUGUCAAUCAAAGGAAAGCAUGGAAUUUCAGACAAAAAUUUGAGGCACUGUUUUUGAUUUUUGAAUUUAUUUCAUAACUUUACCUAUUGCAGCUUUAAGUGUGGCUGUAUUUCCAUACAUGCACAUGGUUCUCUCACCCUAUGGGAUAACUUAUUUUCCAAAAUGUUCCAUCAGUCUCAUUCCCCUCCACACAUCAGACUAGAUGUAAAGACUCCUCAUUGAAUAAUUCUGGACUCUCCUCAUUGCUGAUUUGUCUGACAAUAUCCUAUGGUUUGGGGUAGAUCCUCUUAGGAUUGGUUAGAAAUAAAAAAGGGGAUAUUGUGUAUUUGCCAAACGUUUGCCAAAUCAAACCUUUUACUCUAUCUCUCUCUUGCGCUUAGUUUGUCCUCUCAAUUGGAAAUGGAGGGUAUGUCAAACAUUAUAAUUUUCUUAUUGCUAAUAAUUUAAAAUGUAUUUCUCCACAAAAUCACCAUGAAAUUGUAAACUAUUUUGCAUUUAUUUCCUCUAUGUUUAAUGUUCAAAUCAAAGCCCUUAUUUGUCGUCUUUUAAUGUGUGUUAUAUCUGAGAGAUAAACACUACCUAAACACUACCAACAGAGACAUUGCUUUUCAAAGCAAAAAAAAGAAAAGGACAUGGCGCAUCAAUGCAGAUCCAAGGUACUGGAUCAGCCCUGAUUCAGAGGGAGAACUCCUCGUGAACAUAAUGUCUGCUGAAGACAGGUGAUGCAUUGUGUACUCUCUCUAUGAUUCAUAUAUUAUAAAGGUCUUACAGUUGUAUGUUAGACCGUAGACAAAUUUUCACACAUCAUUGGUUUGACACUUUUCUAACUUUUUUAUGGUUCAGAUGUUUGCCUCUAUGUCUGUACAGAACAAAGCUGCUAUUUCAUUCUGUUUCUGUUUUGGAUUAUAUAUAUAUUCAGUAUAUACUGUAUGUAUACAAUAUCUCCACUACAGUCCACUUCUAAUGAUUCAGACUAUUAGCAACAAAAAUGAUCAAUUAGAUCUGAAAUUAUAAUUUUUUCUUUACCCCAGAAUGUUGUUUGUACAACUAAAUUGUCCAUUGCCUUUUACUUUUUUACCAAAUGUUUUCAUCUUGAUUCUGUUUUUUGUAGAUUUCUAUAUUAAUAUUUUUAUUGUUAUUAUUAUUAUUUGGAAUGGACACCUUAGUUCUAAGUGUGAGUGUGUUUUCUGGCACCCUUCUGUAGUUGUCUAGCACUGCACCUAGUGUUGGCCCCUAGGUGCCACUCAAUCUCAGGUUAAAGUAAAGAUUUGACUUUCUCCAUAUGUUUUCUUCAUGACUGUCUUCUGUUUCACCUGUUACCUCUCUAUUCUGUCUAGUCCAUCAUCACCCCCCCCCCCUUUUCCCCCUAGACCCAUAUAGACAUGUACAGUAUACCUGGCUCCCCCAGUGCCUCAUUCUGUAGGGCUAGGGCUAGUGACCCAGGCUGUCGUAGUUCUACUGAAUCUGGAUUUUCUAACCCAUCCAUUUUCCUGCCUCUCAAUCUAUAGGGCUAAUUGGGUUUUCUCUUUUGCCUUAAUUAUUCCCACCACUCUCCAUCCUCGCACAUGAAACUCAUCUGAAAUCAUAGUUCGAUUUUGUGUUGAAGCUUUCAUGCGCAAUAUGAUGCAACUUCUGCAUUUCUGUAGAUGUAUGCAUUUUUUGAGUGCAACCUGGUCCUGUAGUUUUCUCAUAGAACAUUGCAUCUGCAAACCAAAUAUGAUGGGUUCAAAUCCAGAAGGUGGUCAUCUUUUAAUGUAAAUGGAGAAGGUCUUACAUGGGGGCUCAUUAGAGGAAGGGUUCUUGAAGGAUUUUUUUCCUCAUCUUUUGAAAAUGUUGCUUGGUUAUUUCUUUUUCCUUCUUCGAAGGCUAUUUCUGUAGGAGUGUUAUUUAUUUUUUAUUUUCCUUUGGUGAUAUCAGUUUAAAUCACUGUAUAAAUGCCCCAUGAUUCGGUAUAAAGAUGUUUUUUUCUAUCUA